AUGUCAGGUGAAGCAUCGCCGUCAAGACAGUUGAGCGAAAGCCUGGGUCAAUUCCAUAUAAGCUCGCCGUCCAAAUUCAAAGCUUAUGCAAAAAAUAAUGAAUUCAAGGACGCUGAGUUCGACUCGCAGCUCAAACCUACUGACACAAAGAAGAGCUACAUAGAAAAGCUGGGCAACUGGUCAGUGAACUACGCUACAGUUCAACAUCGUGAGACUGAUGACGAGAAUAGAUCACCACCCCAAUGGAAGCAGUAUAUGGAGCUACAAUCAGCUCAAAAGGCACCUCAGGAAACCCAAUCACAUGCAGACCUAAUAGUGACCUCUUCGCUUAGCGACAUAUCGCUUAUACCGACAAAUACGUUCAAGAAUCGUGGUCAAAGGCCGCAUCUUGAAGAAUCAGAUGAUCCAGCUCGCGAGGCCCUCGGUGUGUUUGACAAUGUUCUCAGGCACCAGAGAUCGACGUAUCUAAAUGGCACAGAACCAUCUGCUGCGGAUGCGGUCAACCGGCAUGGGGAGAAUAGUAACAAAGAAUUUAACGACGACGAAUAUGAAACAACGUCCAAUUCAUCCUACGAUUCGAUAAACGAUACAAUGUCAUCUCCCAGCUUGCGGCAAGCACAAAAGACCAACCCGAUACCGUCGUCGUCUUCCGAAGCGCAGCCGUCGGAGCCUCGACAGGGACUUAAACUAAUCACACCCGAGGAUGCAGGAAUGGUUUUCAACUAUAAAGAAGGUGUUUGGGAUCAGCCUUCAACGAAUGUAGACGCAUCCACAAGUGGCGCGCAAACCUCGACGUUGGAAAACGACGACAAUUCAUCGAGCAAAAUUGUGUCAUUCAAACUUCCGCGCGUACGCGCACAGGAGGCAUCUGGCGUUGCAGAGGCAUCCUUGGACGCCUCUGUGGACGAUACACCGUUGUCGACGCCCAAAGUCGACAGUAAGUUUCUCAUGCGUCCGCGCGCCAUGAAGGCAUCGACGAAAGCUGCCGCGCAGACAGGAGCUGACACAACGAUAAACCUCAUGGAUAACGUAACGAACGUGUCAGAACUGGACACCUCGUACCGCCUGACGAAGGGAGCCGUGAUGUCCGCGCUGGUCGACGCGAUCCCUCGGAAGGAAUCGUGGGAUCACGUGAUCUCGGUCGACCUUUCGGACCGUACACUUGAGAGUCUUGUGGGCAUGGACCGUCUAGUACCCGCGCUGCAGGUUCUCGACGUCAGCCACAACCGCCUCAACUCGCUACAGGGCGCACCGCAGCGCCUGCUGGCGCUACGGUGCGCACACAACAAGCUCGCUGCCUAUUGCAACCUGGACGAGCUGCCGCACCUUGAGACAGUUGAUCUUUCACACAAUGCACUCAGCACCAACCUCUCUCUACUGAGUGGAUGCCUUCACCUCCGCCGUGCUGAUAUGUCCCACAACGCGAUUACAUCGCUGCGUGGUCUUGGCCGCGCUGCGCUCGACACGCUGCGCGUCGCGCGGAACCGCGUAAUCGGGGCACUCGACUUCGCAGACCUGGUCUCGGACGACAGCUCCUCCUGGAUGCAACUGCGCGAGCUGGACCUCAGCGGCAACAAGAUCACUAGCCUCAAGAAUCUACAUCUUCUACGUGAGCUGCGAGUUCUACGGCUCGACGGCAACCCGCUGGAAACGCUCCAGGGAAACUCCAGUUCCUCACUGCGCACUUUAACAUUGCGUAAUUGCACAGCCUUGCGCGAGCUUGGCGACUUUCCGCGGCUACGUGUGCUCCGCAUGCACGGCGGCAGUUUUGCCGCCCAUGCACUGCCUGAGUUACUGGAGGAGCUGGAACUUACCGGGUAUCGUAGUCAGGACGCGGCCGAUACCGGCCCGGGAUCUAAUCGCACACUUACAAACCCGUCUCCAGAAACCACCCUGUUACCCGGUCUGCUCCCUCCUUUCCUGCGUAAACUCGAGCUAGUAGCGGGCGCGCACCGCGAGUUACCGGAGCGUCUUCAAAUCCGGUGUCCGGGUCUCCACACUUUGGUCGUGCGUGACAACCAGCUCACAAGCGCGCACGCAUUGUUGGAACGACUACCGAUAAACCUGCGUGUGUUGGAUCUCCGCGGCAACCCAUUGGUCCAAUUCGCCAACGACGCUGAGCGGGACCGAUUUCUGCGCAUGGUCAGUCUCGCUUUGCCGACGCUUUCCCGCAUGCUGGUGUAA